AUGAGAUUACUUGUUUGCGUAAUUCUAAUUGUUUGCGUCAAAUCGAUCCAAGGCGAUCGUUAUCGCAAACGAAUGGCAAACUUUUGGUGGCCUUUUGGAUGUUUCGUGUACGGAGUUCCUGUUUCGGAUGAACCUACUGAUCGCGUUCAGUUUGAAGACGAAGAGUUGUCUCAAGUGAAUUUCAUGCUUUUUACGAAAACCUCAACUUCUGAACUGAUGCUCGAUGAUGACCAAUCAUUUGUGAGUUCAAACUUUGAUUCGAAUCUGCCUGUGAGGAUUUUGAUUCAUGGAUGGCAAAACAACAGAACAGAUACGAUGAUUCAAGUUAUCAAAGAUGCCUUUCUUGAACGUAAAAACAAAGGAUACAACAUCAUCGGAGUUGAUUGGGGAGUUUAUGCUAAAGAUUUAAACUACCCCAUAGUUGCUUUACAAAUCGUUCCUCAAAUUGGUUUCAGGGUUGCAAGGUUCAUAACUUCAUUAGUUCAAAAACAAAAAGUUCCAUUAAGAAACAUUCAACUGAUUGGUCAUAGUUUAGGCGCUCAAGUAGCAGGAUUUGCAGGUCAAUAUCUAAUUGAAUCAAAGCUCGGGAAACUUUCAGUUAUUGUUGGACUUGAUCCUGCUCUUCCCUUCUUUGAAGAUACUCCAGCUAACAGACAUUUGGAUGUCACAGAUGCGAAAUACGUUGAAGUCAUUCACACAGCAGCUGGAUGCAAAGGAAUGAACUCUCAAAUUGGAACAGCAGAUUUUUAUCCGAACUAUAGUCGAUGGCAACAUAAGCAGCCCGGAUGCGGAAUAGAUCCGUUUUGGCAAUGUUCUCACGGGAGAGCUUAUUACUAUUUUGCAGAGUCAGUUUUGAGCGAUGGGGCUUUUGAAAGUGUUCGAUGUAAAGAUUUUGAGGAAAUGUACAAUGAAAAGUGCGAUAAAAGUAACGGAAUUGGAAGAAUGGGAGGACAUAACUUGAGAAAUAAGGAUUUGGAAGGAAUUUAUUACUUGAAGACGAACGAUAAAUCUCCAUUUUCUUUAAAUUAA